GAAGUCAUAGCGUUUUGGAAUGGGAGUGCAUGGCCUCACGACGUACAUCAACGAGCACAGCGCUGCAUUAGCGAAGACGCUUCAUUUCGCGACAGACGUAGCACCGAGCGAACCUACGACGUUUGUUAUAGACGCAUGGUCCUUCAUUUACGAAGUCCUUGCUUGGGCAGGACUUCCUUGGGUUUACGGCGGCGAAUACAACCAAUUUGCUGAGUUUGUGAUUAAGAUAGUCAAAGCAUGGCUAGGUGUCGGACUGCGACUUUACUUCGUCUUCGAUGGUCCCUUCCCCGAGAUCAAGUUCCCCACUAUUAUCUCCCGCAUGAACAGGUCUACCAUUAAGCCUUCGCAUCUCUUCUUUCGCACGUCCGCGACUUCACGCGCAACGCCCCGGUUCCUUCGUGAGAGCGUGAUGCUACCGCCGGGUAUGUACGCCGCUUGCGUCGAGACCCUGCAAGGCAUCGCACGCAACCUCGGAUCAGAUCAAGUACUUGAAAUUCAUUUUGCAGACGAAGAGGGUGAUCCUUAUGCCGUCGAGCUCGCAGCCCGCCUCGGGGGGUACGUCGUCGGCAACGACUCAGAUUUCGUCAUCUUGAACGCGGAAGGGUAUUGCGGAUAUGUUCCAUUGGCACUCAUGGCAUGGUCAUCUCUCGAUUCGGAAGAUGAUGAUGACGCGGGUGACGCUGAAGAAGACGGCUUCCAAACGGUCGUAUCGAAAGGCAAGAAAAAAACUGCCACCCAGAAAAGCAGCGUCUCUCGCGGUAUCGUACCCCCAGACGUAGCAUCCGGACUGCAGUUGUCGGUUAUUAUCUACUCGCCCGCAACACUUGCUACACACCUCCAGCUACCAAUCUCCCUCUUACCUCUACUUGGUGCCCUUGUCGGAAACGACUUCACCGGCGAGAGAGAAGCUUCAGCCACGACUUCUCAAGAAACUAACCUCCAGUGGCUCUUUUUCGAGCGCUCUCUUACUCUUACUCAGCGCAUUACCCGUGUCGCCACAACACUGCGAACAAUCCUGUCUGCUGCCCUCGGUGCAGGACGAAACAAGAACAAACAUGCCGUGCAUAGCGUUAUGCAGCUCAUUGAGCGCGCCGUGAACGCUCUGAUUGUUCGCUCAGUCGACAGCAUGGCGUCAGGCGAAAAGGAGCGAGUUGUCGAGCGGGUCGUCGAAGCGACUCUCCAGUACGCCAUCCCGCGAUAUGAGGGCACACUUCUCGGAACGGAGGGCCUCUGGGCCGAAGGCGUUUGUGCGCUGCAUGAUGCCACAAGUUGCCCCUUGCUGCGCUAUCUUGCAUCCCCAAGUGACCCCCUUGACGACGACGUGGAAGCACAGAGAGAACGCGUACGGGUUGCCUACGUAGCUGCAUACCGCAUCGGUCGGCUGGACCCGCAUACGCUCGAUGUCAUGCAUUCAGGCACGUUCUGGUAUCGCCAGUUUCUCGAAAAUCCGGAUCUGGAGAACGUUGCUCGUAGCAUUGGGAGGCCGAUCCAGCUCUGGACAUAUGCAUUGCUCGAUGAUGCGCUGGGACUGCCAGCAAGAACGGAGCCCGAACCGGAGCCACCACAGCCCGCGGAGGAGAAUGCCCCCGAGCAGGAUGACGAGGAUGAGCUGAUCGACGUGGUAGAGGAAGACUCGGAGGAAGACGCCGACCCGCUCGCUCCUUUGCGCGGAGCCCUUCAACAGCUCAACGGUUUUGAAGAGGGUACAUUGGAUGGAGCCAAAUCUGAAACAACGGCGACAGCAUCAAACCCUGCUUCCCCGAAGGCCCGAUCGAAGGUCGUCGAAGAAUAUGUUCGUCGCGGUACGAAACUUGCGUCCGAAGACGUGAUCGUACCCCCCUUGUCGGAACUCCUGGCUUCACUUCCGAACCACAACCAGACACGCUUUAAUACGCCCAUACAACUUUUGCCACCAGAAGACCGCUUCGCGUUCUUCCUCAAGGCCCUACAAAGCGACAGCACUCUAAUUCGGUCGCUGCCCGCAGACCAGCGCACGGCCGCCCUAGUCCUCCGUUGGGUGGUACGCCAACUGCACGCGCGCUUCCAAGAGCGUGGUCACGACAAAACGCGCGAGAAGGAGAAGUGGACGCAAGUCGAGGCACGCGCCUUCCUUGCGUCCUUUUCCUUCUCGUCUCCGACUACCUUAACCGGAGAGCAAGAUGAGCCGGAGCAGGUGCCGAUCGUUGACAGGAACGUGCAGCUCACGGCGCAGGUGUCCGUCACGCUUGACUGCAUCAUGCGCCUUGGAGAGGUGCUACUUCUUAACGACGAGCUCCUCAGUCCUGUCCUACGCUUCUCCGGGCGUCGCUUCCACGCGUAUCUCACCGGUACGAAAGUGCUCGCGGUGGAUGCAAUCCCGGAGAGACUGUGGCGAGCUUCUAACGACGGCCUCGAAAGUGCAUUCAUCGAACCCGCAGGCAAGAAGAAGCGGAAGGACAAGAAAGAGGCGGUCAAAUCGUCGCCAGUGGGAAACAAAGCGAAAGCCGGUGCAGGAUUCGGGAGCAAGUUUGGGCUACUGGCAGAUAUUGACGCGUGAGUGUGUCGCUCCGCACGCGAAAAUAAAAAAGGGAUAACCACUGUACUACGAUACAUACAUUAUAUACUAGUAAUAUCAUCUAUUGUUUGUACCACGUCUAUCUCUUCGAGCCGAUGAAC